CAGUGGGCGUUUCUUGAUAGAGAGCAUGCGACAUUUUUUCAUUCUUGGCUCAUUCGACUGCCGCCACUCGUCAUUUACAGUAUGAUCAUGCGGACCUCUCUGCUUCUUGCGUUGUUCUUUUGCUUUUCUCUUGUCGAAGGAACGUCACUCAAAGGUAAAACGUGUGUAGGAGUUCGGAGAGGAGAUACAUCCUACGACUUCGCCCUGCCCGACGCUGUGGCCGUGAAAGUGCAAGACCUCAGCUGUGAUGCAGAGUGGAGCAUUGAUCAAUUCACAGCUAUCCUGGAAGGAAAUGUAGCACACUUUAAACAUCCCUUCAAAAAAGUAAACCGUACUGGAAUCAGUGUGGCUUACUGUCCAUUUUCAGUCAAAUUCCAUGUCUCUUGUCAUGAUUAUGCCAAACACCUCACAUGUUCUUGCACCAAUUCCACCAGCAUCUAUCCAGUGUUUAGCACAACUCGGCCAUAUGGAGAUUUAUCCUCCACUGCAGUCGAAACUCAUUCCUCAGUGAGACAACACUAUGGUGCUAUUGCUGCUGCUGUCAGUUUGGUCAUUAUCCUUGUCAUUUUGGCUUUCCUCGCUGCAAGCACAGCACAAAAUGCUCCUGAGAAACAAAACCAGCGUUUUUCAGUAGACUGAGCCUGGGGAGGCAACUGUUAUUGCCCUAGAAACAACAACACAUGGCGUGGAGUCAUAAUAACACAUUAUCUUAUAAUGUUGCACAUAUUAUAUUAUAUUAUAUUAUAUUAUAUUAUAUUAUAUUAUAUUAUAUUAUAUUAUAUUAUAUUAUAUUAUAUAGUACAAAACAUGGGUUUUUAUCACUGUAUGAUAUUAUAUUAUAUUAUAUUGUAUUAUAUUAUAUAGUACAAAACAUGGGUUUUUAGCACUGUAUUACAUUAUAUUAUAUUAUAUUAUAUUAUAUUAUAUCAUAUAAAACUGGGGUUUUCCACUGUUUGUAUCACUCCGCUUGUCCGUGUUUGCAAGUUUCAUUUUGAACUGGAGUUUUUCAUUAAUUCAUUCAGCAGCUAAGAUUAUGACAAGUGAGGGUUUUGUAAUGAAUGUCUUUUGUAUAAACGAGUUACUGAAUCAUUCAUUCAUUUACUCAAGUUACUUAAUAUCACUCAAGUUAAUCAAUAUUGAAUAAAACCAUGCCAAUCAGUAUAAUAUCACGCAUUUGGUGUUGCAACAGAACACACAACAGAGUAUGUGGAAGUGGAACAACAUCUAAUUUUCCUCUCCUUGUUCAAUAAGUUCUGUUAUUGUUGCUUCACUUCCACUACACAUAUCCAAUUUCUCACUGGUUAGAGAAAAACAAAGUUCUUAGAGUAAGAAAAACCCCAAACACACUAAAAGUGAACAAACAGUGAAAUAUCAGUUUUACUAAAUACGAUCACUGUUGAACCUAUACUAUAUUAUAUUAUAUUAUAUUAUAUUAUAUUAUAUUAUAUUAUAUUAUAUUAUAUUAUAUUAUAUUAUAUAUGAAGUUAUAAUAAGUUAUUGUAUUUCCUCAAAGGAUUUGUUUUAAGUAUUUCCAAUAGUUCCCGGUCUCUGUGUCUUUCCACAAGAGGACACUGUCUAUUAAGUUUUAAUCAUUAAGUUACAGGUAAUGUUAGCGGCGCUUGUGUUCAUCUUUUGCUCAGUGCUGUUAAUCUUGGUUGCUUGGUUGGAUCUCUCUGCAUUUUUAUCGGAAUUUUCUUAGAUAUUUCAGGUUUUUCCAUCCUUGUAGCUCAUUUUUAAUCUUUUUGUUAUGGGAUAUUGUGAAACUGCCAUUAAACAAAUGCCUUUUACUCAA